AUGACCUAGUGUGGCAUCAUCAUCACACAGCUGAGUCUGUGGACCCUAUUGGAUAGAUAUUUAGGAAUACGAAUUUCCCUUUUUUUUGAUGGCAUUUUUUUUCGAAUGUUCCUGUAUGAGUCCAAUUUAAGUAAUGAUUAAAUGUAGGACAAACGCGUAAGCUUGAGGUAGUAUCUUUUGCUAAGGGUAGCGGGCGAACCGUUAUUAUUGUAUCCUAAGAUAGUACUGUACAGUAAGGAGCUAGCGUAGCGGCAUUAGCUAGCUAGCUACCUUGUAGCCUGCUAUCGAGUGUUAAGCUGAUGGCUACCUAACAAGUACUGCUACGGCUAAAAAACGAUGUUUGUGUGUAAUAUUGUGUACUGUGUAAUAUUAAUCUAGGGCAUCUAUAGUAAUAGUUUGUUUUAUGUGAGACCGGUUAUUUAUUGUGCUUUAUACUUUGAUUCCCCUGUUCUGUGGAAUUCAGACCCGUUUAAUUGGCUCGGAGGUGACUAGCUAGCAAGGUAGCUUUUGCUUGUUUACCUGAAACAACACGGUGGACAUAGUCUGUUCAAACAACAGCACUGCACAACAGACUAUUGGCUGCCGGCGUCUAGGACAUGUUUUUCUUGUGUAUUUCCGAGCAGUUCUGAGGACUAAUCUCCUAUGUCCAUGUCCGAGUGCCUUAUCACUUCGAAAAGGCUCGGUGUGUGGAUGAGGAUUCAGAUGCAAGGAACACCGAGUCUGUCCUCUUGUCUCUGCUGAGGACAUGUCCUUGACAGCAGCAUGCCUUUUGCUGGCAGGAGCAGCAGCACCGGUUCGCCCAUGUCGAGCGCGGUGUCUGUCGGGUCGUCUGUCCUCAUCUUGACUGCGUUCUUCGUAGGAAUCUUCGCUCUGCUGUUCCAAUUUGGAUAUGGGGGGCUGACCGUCACCUCAUUUUUUCUGAAGCUGUUCAUCUACGUGUCCUUCGCCUUGCUCUGCUUUCUGCUCGGGAGCAUCGUCUCGCUCAUGAGAAAAAGCCCCCCCAAAAUCAGCAGAUUUGACAUCUCCAAGAGACAGUCCACCUAUCUGUUGGAGCUGUUCAACAAGCUAAUGGGCCGUUUCUCUGUGCCUCUGAUGGAGUCCUCACAAACCAGGAGGGUGGUGGUGUCCCACAACGUAGACAAGGCCUUGAAGGAGGUGUUUGACUACAGUUACCGUGACUACAUCCUGUCGUGGUACGUCCCUCUGAGCCGAGACGAGGGCCAGCUGUUCCAGAUGCUGACCGAGGACUUCUGGGAGAUGAGCCGUCAGCUCCGGGGUCGGCUGGCCAACAUGGACCUGGUCAACCUGGUCUGCAACGACACCGUCAAAACCCUCCACACGCACUUCUGCGACUUGAAGAUCGCAAGCUCCAGACUGGAGGACCCGCCCAGGCCGUUCCUGCUCCACCCCUGCCUGCGGAGCCCCGAGGAGGAGCAGAGGUUCCUGCGCUGCUGCGCCCGUCUGCUGCUGCUGUGCCUGCUGCCUGCCCGCGACGCCCGCUCUCACAGCCUCCGAGUGGUGCUGGUCGAGGUCAUCACUACCAAAGUGCUCAAGCCCCUGGUGGAGGUGCUGAGCGACCCAGACUACAUCAACCGGAUGCUGCUGUCCCAGUUGGAGCAGCGGGAGCAGCAGGCGGAGCACCACAAGAAGGCCUACACCUACGCCGCCUCCUACGAGGACUUCAUCAAGCUCAUCAGCUCCUCCUCCGACGUGGACUUCCUCAAACAACUCAGGUACCAGAUCGUAGUGGAGAUAAUCCAUGCCACCACCAUCAGUAGCCUCCCUCAGCUGAAGAAGCAGAAAGAGAGGAAAGGCAAGGAGACUGCAGCCAUGAAGGCCGACCUGCUGCGGGCCCGAGACAUGAAGCGCUACAUCAACCAGCUGACCGUGGCUAAGAAGCAGUGUGAGAAACGCAUCCGCCUGCUGGGGGGGCCCAACUACGAGCAGCAGGAGGAGGGGGCCGCCGAGGACGGGGAGGGGCCCCAGAGCCAGAAGAUUCUGCAGUUCGAGGACAUCAUGUCUAACCCAGUUUACAGGGAACACUUCCGGGUAUACAUGGAGCGUGUCGACAAGAGAGCUCUCAUCAGCUUCUGGGAACUGGUGGAGACACUCAAAUCAGCCAACAAGAGCGAGGUGCCCCAGCUGGUGGGAGAGAUCUACCAGAACUUCUUUGUGGAGAGCCGUGAGAUCCCCGUGGACAAGGUCCUGUACAAGGAGGUGCAGCAGACCCUGGUGGGCAACAAGGGCACCGACGUGUUCCUGCGUCUCCAGGGAGACGUGUACGAAACCAUGAAGGAGCGCUUCUACCCCUCCUUCCUGGUCAGCGACCUCUACGACCGGCUGAUCCGCCGCGACGAGCAGCGCAGCUCCUCUCAGUCCAGCACCGAGGGCAAGGAGGAGGGGUGCCAGGAGGUGGAUGGGGCUGAGGAUCUGAUAGAUGAGGGCAGCAAGGGCAUCAAUGAGCAGGCCAGCUACGCUGCCACCAAACUACGGCAGCUCUACGACAAACUGGAGUACAAACGCCAGGCGCUGGGAUCCAUCCAGAAUGCUCCCAAACCUGACAAGAAGAUUGUGGUUAAGCUGAAGGAGGAGAUCGGAGCGAUGGAGAAGGAGCACAGCGACCUGCAGAUGCACAUCUCCAGGACCGACUGGUGGUGUGAGAACCUGGGGUCCUGGAGAGCCGUCAUCACCGGGGCCGAGCCAGCGGAGGAGGGCGGGGAGACGCUGGCGUGUUACUGCGUGUCGGUCAGCCUGCUGGAGGGAGACGAGGCCCCCAACAGCCGCUGGAGCGUCAACAGGAAGCUGACAGAGUUCCAGAUCCUCCACAGGAAGCUCACCGAGUGCUUCCCCUCGUUGAAGAAGGUCCAGCUCCCCUCCCUCAGCAAGCUGCCGUUCAAAUCCAUCGACCAGAAGUUCCUGGAGAAGUCCAAAAACCAGCUCAACACCUUCCUCCAGAGGAUGCUGACGGACGAGAGAAUGUGCCAGAGCGAGGCGCUGUAUGCCUUCCUAAGCCCCUCCCCCGAGCAUCUUAAAGUCAUUGACAUCCAGAAGAAGUCAUCCUUUUCCCUCGCCUCCUUCCUGGAGAGACUGCCUGGUGACUUCUUCUCUCACCAGGAGGAGGAGGCAGAGGACGACAGCGACCUGUCUGACUAUGGAGACGAGGCUGACGGCAGAAAGGAUGCCCUGGCCGAGCCCUGCUUCAUGCUCAUAGGAGAGAUCUUCGAACUCCGAGGCAUGUUCAAGUGGGUCAGGAAGACUCUCAUUGCACUGGUUCAAGUCACGUUUGGACGCACCAUUAACAAGCAGAUCCGGGACACGGUACACUGGAUCUUCAGUGAGCAGAUGCUGGUGAGCUACAUCAACAUAUUCCGGGACACAUUCUGGCCCAAUGGGAAGCUGGCGCCUCACAACAAAGUCCGUACUGACUCGGAGCGUCGCGAGACCAAGGAGCGGGCCCAACAGAAGUUGCUCGACAACAUCCCAGAUGCUCUGCAAAACCUGGUUGGCCAGCAGAACGCUCGGUACGGCAUCAUCAAGAUCUUCAACGCUCUCCAGGAGGCCAGUGCCAACAAACAUCUGCUCUACGUCCUCAUGGAGAUGGUGCUGAAGGAGAUGUGUCCUGAGAUGGAGAUAGAACAGAUCUGAACAUACACCACCAAUAGACACACACUCUACUUCAAACUUCCUAACCAACACAGUCAGGCACACACACACACACACUUACAAACAUACACACAUGAUCCCACACUCGGUGGAAAUGUAAAUGCGGCAGAGCUGGUAUAGAUCCAGGUGUGUGUGUGUGUGUGUGUUGGCUGUUCCUGUAUUUAUUUUCUGAGCACCGUUAUCUGAUGCACUUGAUGCUCUAGAGCUGAAUUAGGGAGACGCUCUGUACAGGGGUCUUUUUCUCCAACUUUCCGUUGCUAUGUUAGAACGACCAAUGAGAUCAA